AUGAUGACUAUCCAACCUUGCCAGCGCACAGCCAACUUAAAGAGAUCACAUUAUCGGGAGAAAAAGAUUCCACUUCUUCGUCCAGAGGAUUACUACUCGAGAGAUGCUGCCAGGGUUGCCAAAUCUCUGACCAUAAGGAAGAAAUAUGCUUAUGCUACAACCAUGGCCAUCAACCGCGUUCAGCGCUUCUGGGACCGGUAUUGUACUUUUAUGGGAGUAUCCAGUUACUCCUAUCUCUCAGCAUGUACUGCGGAAAAUUUUCGAUUAUAUAUUGAUUGGCGAUUAAGUGAGUUUAAUAUCAGAAAACAAAGCACAAUAUGGGUUGAGUGGAAGUUUCUCAGGCUGCUCUAUAAGCAAGUUACUGGUGAAAAACUGGAUGAUAUUGUUGGUGAGCAAAUCAGCGAGUUUAUUUUGGGACCAUUGACGGAUGAGUAUAACCUGGACUUGUCUGUCAAAUCCAAGCCUACCAUGAGUGUUGAAGAUCUACUCUCCAUCCUUCACUAUCACUGGUGCUUGGACACAUCUCCAGUGCCACACGAGCGAUACACGGUCCAAUUACUACUACUGAUGUUAAUGACUGCCUAUACCUCCUCUCGUCCAGGAGCUCUCAUUGAGAGUGGUUGUGCUCGAGGCUCUAAUGAUGCGCUGCGAUACAGGGAUGUGGUACUCCGUGUCAUCCCCAAUCCAGAACAGCCAGACCGCCAUGUCCUAGUGAUGGAGGUUACCUUGAUGUAUAUGAAAGGAAAGAGAAAUAAGUCACAGCCGACAACAUAUAUAUUCCAUGAGCGGGAUGACAACUUGGCUCUGUGUGCAAUUUCUCAUUUUCUUGCGCUAGCUCUCGCAGACCAGGCAUUUGAGGCCCAGGGGAUCAACUCUUCCAAUGAUAUUUUCCAGAUUGCGGUUCCUCCUUACCGGAACAGCUUGCAGUUAAGAUGGAAACCUGAUAUACUUGAUGUACCAGUAUUUCGGCGUACCAUCCGCACCGCGCAGGGAAUUCGUGUCUCCCCUGACCGUGCAUUGCCAUACGAUGUGUUCAAUCAGUACCUGCAGCGGCUGGGGCGCAAUGCCGGGCUUGAAGAUCCUUUGACCCCUUAUUGUAUCAGGAGAGGCACAGCAAAUGCAGUGGAUGACGUUGCAACGGCGGCUGAACGGAACCAGGUGUUAGGACAUUCUCGAGCUGACAUUUUUGAACGUUACUACAUCUCCCAAAAGGUAAAGUGGGAUGUGCAAUCUGCAUAUCUUGAAUGUCCAGCCCGUGACUCUGUCAUCCGUGCUGUGGGAAUGAUGAGCUUGACUCAAGACCCAAGAGUUCCAAAAGACCUGACUGAUGAGCAGAAAGCCGCCAUUGAACAGGAUCCCUAUCUAGUGGAGCUCAACCGGCAGAGGCAGGAUCUAGUCAGCGCUAUGAAACUAGAAUCUGGGUCUGUGUCAAAAGCACAAGGUACUGAUCUCCAUGCCCAACAUAGAGCCCUUGAGAAGACCAUUCAGAGCGAGAGACGACUCCUAAGGCGACAGGCACGAGAGGAAACUCGGGAACACUUUUUUGCCACAAUUGAUACUAUUGAGAUAGAACAUCAGCUCUUGGGAUUAUCUGUUGCUGAUCAUCUCAAGAUAAAAGAUGCCAGUGAGGUUCAGUUUGCCUUUGUUGAGCGAGCCCGCCUUGCACAGAGUCUCUUUCAGUCUCUUGGUAGCUGUGUCAAUGAGAAGCAUGAUCACAGUCAUCAGGUACAAGCUAUCAGUGAUUGGACUUCUCUGUGUCACCUUCAGGGGGUUUCCUAUAGGAAAAAUGCUUGUGGACUAAUAAAGGAGGAGCCUGAUCUGAUGAACAGCGAUACAUAUCCUCUUAUUUGUCCACCGACCCAGUGCCUCUUCUGCCUUGGAAACGAUCAAUUGGCCUAUAAGGCCAGGAACUACUCGUUCUCUCGACCUCAGAAGGCAUAUGCAUGAUUGCCAUCUUCACUACUUGGCCUCAGAUGAUAGUUUUCCAUGCCCUCACCCCUCUUGUUCAGAGGAUGUACAGGGUGUCAUACAUUUCAAGGACCACAUUGCUUCAGUGCACAAGAUCUAUCUUUGAAAUUACUUUGCUGGGACUUCUUUUUCUUUGUCUCAUGGGAUUUAUAGCUAACAUCUUGGGAAUUGGACCAGCCGCUUCCCACACUUCCA